AUGUUCACAUUCACGUUAUUGACACCGGCGGAUGGCCAUUCAUCCAAGGCUUCGUUGAUGACUAUUGAUGGGGAUGUCAACAUCUUGGCAGAUAUCUCUUGGAAUGGAAAAGAUCACCAUGAUUUGGACUAUUUGCAAGAUACCUUAAAACUGGUCAAUUUGGUGUUAUUGUCCCAUUCAACCCCAGAAUUCAUUGGGGGUUAUGCAUUAUUAUGUUUGAAGUUUCCAGAGCUCAUGAAAAACAUCAAGGUGUAUGCCACAUCAGCGGUAAGUCAAUUAGGAAGAGUGUCGACUGUGGAAUUAUAUCGAUCGGUAGGACUCAUAGGUCCUUUGAAGGAUGCAGUUUUAGAAGUGAGUGAUGUGGACGAAUAUUUUGAUCGAGUGAUCAGCUUAAAGUAUUAUCAGUCUACAAAUGCAUUGGAGAGAUUAGCUAUCACUCCCUAUAACUCGGGACAUACUUUGGGAGGUAGCUUUUGGCUUCUUCAAAGAAAGUUGGAAAAAAUCAUCUAUGCUCCAAGCUGGAACCACUCCAAAGACUCAUUUUUGAGUGCCGCUAGUUUCUUAUCGUCAUCCACAGGAAAUCCACUCUCUCAAUUAGUGAGACCAACCGCUUUAGUUACGGGGACCGACGUGGGCUCUAACUUAUCCCACAAAAAAAGAUCCGAGAAGUUUUUACAAUUAGUAGACGGUACUCUUGCCAACGGAGGAACCGUGUUGUUGCCCACAACUAUCAGUGGAAGGUUCUUGGAACUAUUGCACUUGGUGGAUGAGCAUCUCCAGAGUGCUCCAAUCCCAGUGUUGUUCUUGUCUUAUAGUGGUACAAAUGUGUUGAGAUACGCUACAAACUUGUUGGAAUGGAUGUCACCAAGCCUUUCCAAAGAGUUGGAAAAUGCAAAUUCCAUAGUCACCAAUACUGGAAACAGAAACCACUUCCCAUUUGAUCCUUCCAAGGUGGAUUUGGUUUCUACUCCUUAUGAGUUAACCCAGAUGGCCGGACCUAAAGUAGUGUUCACGUCGGGUGUGGAUUUGAACAGUGGUGAGUUAUCGUCUGAAGCUUUGAGAGUUUUAUGUAACGAUGAAAAGACUACAAUUAUUUUAACAGAAAAGACACAUUUCGGUUAUGAUAAUAAUGUCAAUCACAAGUUGUACCAGGAAUGGAUCAGGCUUUGUAAAUCAAAAAACGAAGGCAAUAUUGAAGAUGGAAUCGCUGUACCUUUGGAAACCCAGAUAGAUUUGAGCGACUGGUCCCUAGAGGAAGACUUGGUCGGUAAUGAGUUGACCGAUUUCAGAGAGAAGAUCAACUUGAAGCGGAAACAGAAGUUAAUCGAGCAAGUGAGAGAUCGUAAAAAUAAGGUCUUGACUGGUGAAAACUUUGAAGAUAGCUCAUCAUCUGAUGAUGAUGAUGAUGAUGAUGAUGAUGAUGACGAUUUGCCUGUGGCUCCAUUAGAGACCGCGGAAAGCCAAGCUACAACCCCAGGAACUGAAGACAUCAAAAAAGUCGAUGUAAAGAUAGAAACCGUUUCUCCAACUACAACCAAUGGUACUGUUCCAGCUAUAGCUGUAGAUGAUGCAGCCGCUCAUGAAGCUUUAGUAACUGAAAGUAUUAAGAGUUCCUUCGAACAGAACUUACCAUUGGAUAUAAAAAUCACCAAUAAAUUGAGACCUAGACAUGCUAUGUUUCCCUUUUUUGCCAAUAAAGAUAAACAAGACUUUGAUGAUUAUGGAGCAAUUAUUAACCCCAAAGACUUUGAGAAAAAAGAUGAUACUAAUACUAAAUUCAGCUUGGAGAAUAAAAGAGCUGGUGCUAGGAGCUGGGGUACUAAUAAUGACUCACUAGAUGGUAACCAAAACCAAAACAAAUUGACCCCUCAAGAGAUGUUGAAUAAUGAGAUCAUAAAGAGAAAUUUGGACGCAUUGUUUCAUCCUCGUAAAAGAGUGGCGAUAGCUUCUUCUGGCUCAACUUAUUCUGCCAACAACUCACAGAAGAUCCUGAUCAGAUGUGGGUUGUCAUUUGUUGACUUGUCUGGAUUGGUAGAUUUGAGAUCUUUGAGCUUGAUCAUUUCUUCCUUGAAGCCAUCAAAUUUACUUUUGUUGCCUGACACAAGUGUCGAUGCUGAAACAAAAGAUGACCCUGAAGCAAAUGGUACUUUAAAGAUUGAACAGGUUUUGAAACUACAACAGGCUCAAAGCCAACAAAAUGAUGCUAAGAGCUCGAUAUUGAAAUCGGUUAGGUUCAUGUCGUUAGAGGCAAUCAGAGCUGGAAAUUUGGGAAAUAUCAAGACUAGUAAGAUGGAGAUCUUACCUUUAGAGUCUAAUAGUAAAAUCACUAUUGGAAGUGACGAUAAUGGAUUGGAUGUGGGAGAUUUUGAGGUUAAGUUGGACGAUGCGGUUUCUGAUCAAUUACAGUGGCACACCAUCGAUGGCAGUUACAGGGUUGCACAGGUUCAAGGUCAGUUGGAAGUUCGUUAUAAGAAAGCGAAUCACAAGAGACAAAAAACUAUCAACAAUAUUUUGAAUCAAUCUAGUGAAUUCACAUUAAAACCAGUUGAUCCUUCAUCAACAGAAAAGUUACCUUCAGGUGCCAAUAAAAACAAGCUUGCUAUAGGUAAUAUUCGGCUUCCUGAACUCAAGCGAAAGCUUAUGAGUAAGAAUAUGAAUGCUGAAUUCAAAGGAGAAGGAACUUUGGUCGUCAACGAUACUAUUUCAAUCAGUAAAAUUACUUAUGGAUCUAAUGACGGAGAUGAUACAGGAGACAUUGAGAUCAAAGGUCAGUUUGGACCAUUGUAUUAUCAAGUCAAAGAAUGUAUUCGUGAACUUUUAGCUUAUGUAUAA